AGCAUCUCCACGGCUGGCUCUUCCUCUCUCUCUCCUUAUCUCGUGACGCCAGCUUUCCGUUCUCACUUCUCCGAUCGAUCGGAUUCCGGGGAGCAAGACGGUCAGGUCGCUUCGCCCCAUCGCCGGCUUCCUCAACACCGCCGACGGCUUCACGACUCGCCAGCUCCUCCUAUCCCUCUCUAUCACGAGAACCAAGUUUUCUCUUCUUCAAUUAGUCGGAUUCAGGAGAGCAAGAGGGUCUGGACGUCUGGUCACUUUGCCUCGUCGCCCACCCCCUCAACAUCGCCGACGGUUUCGCGAUUCGCCGGCUCUUCCUCUCCCUCUCGAUCUCAAGACACCCGUUUCUCUUUUUCAAUCGGUCGGAUUGCGGAGAGCAAGAGGGUCUGGUCGCCCGCCCUCACAAGAUCGCCAACAGCUUCGCGAAUCACCUACUCAUUCUCUCCCUUUCGAUCUCGAGACCACGAGAAGCCCAUUCCGCCAGGAUCCAGUUUUGACAACUUGGUACACUCUACGUCUCACCCAUUUUUUGUGAUUCUUCAAAGAAGCUGACUUUUGAGGAAGAACGGCCGCUGGAGCAUCAAGGUAAUAGUCGCGCCAACCUGUCGAAAGUGGUUGACUCGAUCGGUGCCCGCCGGGAGCUUCGCAGAGGCAAAAAUCACGGUGGCCCCGCCGCUGAGAGACUUGGCAACGAGGUCCUAGGCGUCGAUAGAGAGCUUCACCUCCUUGAUGCUCUCGUAUGAGACGAGAUUGUUCCGCUUCCUCUACAUUCGUGUUCGACUUUUGAAGAAGGACGGCUGUCGAAGCCACGCCGCCGGGUAACAUCCCCACCACCCACCAGUCGGAGUACAGCCCAUCGGCGGCAGUAGGGUGACUGAAGUUGU